UGCUUAAUGCUCUAAUACGGAGGGAUAAAACCACUCUAAAAAUACCCCGCUGCCGGCCCCCUGCGGGGGCAAGGGGGCUGCUGGGGGGCAGGCGGCCUGGACGCAGGGGCUGCUGGGGACUUCCCAAACUCCUCGUCCUCUAAGUGGCUUUGAGCCGUGGGCCGGGGCUCCGGCAGCGGCACGGGCUGGUGUGCCGGUACGGCCGGGAUUGGCUGGGACUGGCGCGUGGGCUCCUGCGGCUGGAGCUCCCCUGCCAGAGCCAGCUCCAGCCAGAGCCGGGAGUGCUCCGGCUCCCCUGCCUGCACCCUGCCCGUGGGCCCUGGCACCAGGGAGCCCGCUGCUCGGCCACGUGCACCUGCCUGGCCUCUGCCUGCUGCUACCUGGCCUCUGCCUGCUGCUGCCAGACCUCUGCCUGCACCUACCUUGCCCCCCGGAACUGGUGGCAUCCUGUGUGGGACCCCUGCAGCAUGGGGACGGUCAGCGAGCUCUGCGCCUCCAGUUUCCAGGCCUUCCUCUGCCCCUCGGUGGCUGCCAAGGCAGUGCCCAGUGACCUGACCCCAGAGGAGUGCCAGGAGCUGGAGAACAUCCGCCGCCGCAAGCAGGAGCUGCUGGCUGACAUACAGCGCCUGAAGGAUGAGAUAGCAGAAGUGACGAAUGAGAUUGAGAACCUGGGCUCCACCGAGGAGAGGAAAAACAUGCAGAGGAACAAACAGGUGGCAAUGGGCAGGAAGAAAUUCAACAUGGAUCCCAAGAAGGGCAUCCAGUUCCUGAUUGAGAAUGACCUGCUGAAGAACACGUGCGAGGACAUCGCUCAGUUCCUGUACAAGGGAGAAGGCCUCAACAAGACGGCCAUCGGCGACUACCUGGGCGAGAGGGACGAGUUCAACAUCCAAGUCCUGCAUGCCUUUGUGGAGCUGCACGAGUUCACUGACCUCAACCUCGUGCAGGCCCUGCGGCAGUUCCUGUGGAGUUUCCGGCUGCCCGGGGAGGCGCAGAAGAUCGACCGGAUGAUGGAGGCCUUUGCGCAGCGGUACUGCCAGUGCAACCCCGGCGUCUUCCAGUCCACAGACACGUGCUAUGUGCUGUCCUUUGCCAUCAUCAUGCUGAACACGAGCCUGCACAACCCCAAUGUGAAGGACAAGCCCACAGCGGAGCGAUUCAUUGCCAUGAACCGCGGCAUCAACGACGGGGGAGACCUGCCCGAGGAGCUGCUCCGGAAUCUCUAUGAGAGCAUCAAGAAUGAGCCCUUCAAAAUCCCUGAGGAUGAUGGCAAUGACCUCACCCACACCUUCUUCAACCCCGACCGGGAGGGCUGGCUCCUGAAGCUUGGAGGCAGGGUGAAGACAUGGAAGCGGCGCUGGUUCAUCUUGACCGACAACUGCCUUUACUACUUCGAGUAUACAACGGAUAAGGAGCCCCGUGGCAUCAUACCCCUGGAGAACCUGAGCAUCCGUGAGGUGGAGGACUCGAAGAAGCCCAACUGCUUUGAGCUCUACAUCCCUGACAACAAGGACCAGGUGAUCAAGGCCUGCAAGACAGAGGCGGAUGGGCGUGUGGUGGAGGGGAACCACACUGUGUACCGCAUCUCUGCCCCCACACCUGAGGAGAAGGAGGAGUGGAUCAAGUGCAUCAAGGCAGCCAUCAGCCGGGACCCCUUCUACGAGAUGCUGGCUGCCAGGAAGAAGAAGGUCUCCUCCACCAAGAGGCACUAGCAGCCAGACUGGCCUUGUGAGGCCAGCAUGCCCUCGGCAGCCCAAGCGUCCCCCUGUCCUGGGGGUCUGUGGGGCGGGGGCCGUACUGCAGCCUGGCCCUCAGGGUCCAGGGCCCAGCUUCAGCUUCACUGUUUCUUUUCCGUGGGGAGAGGGAGGGGGCACAGGCAUCUCGGUGCCUCUGGCCCUCCAUCACUGCCUCAUUGCCAGGACAGUGUCUUCAUGGGCUCAAGCUGGGACACAGCACCCCUGGGAGCUCCAGUCUCAGCACCACAGGCACCCUCCAUUCUUCUGACCCCCAGCAGCCCUGCGGCUGCACAUGGCGCUGCAGCCCCCCAGCACCCGUGUCCAGACACUUCGAUGAGCAGGAGGAUGAGCAGCUGUUAGUGAGUAGCUGGCAGUUUUGGGGUGCCGCAGGUGCUGGGGUGCAAGGCAUCAGGCCCAGGGAGGCCCUACAGAGACAGAGCUCCCAGCCCUCGUUGUAGCGGGCCUGGGUCUGUCCUGGGUGUCCCCACACUGCUGCCUCAGACCCUCACUCCAUGGGCACAGGAGUGCUGAAGGGCAGGGAGUGUCACCAUCACGGUCUGCAGUGGUGCCACACAGGGCACAGACGUGCCCUCGUCCAGCCAUGGGGGCUGUGGCUUGGAUGAGGUGGCACUGGGUGGCAUUGCCCCUGGCACAUCCUUGCAGCACAGUCCUCUCAUGCCAGGGUGGCAUGGUACCAUGGUGGGACAUGCCCAGAGCUGGAGCCUGCCCUGAGAAUGGCUGUGGCAGGGGUCUGGAUGGGUGGGAGCUGCAGCCCCCACUCUCUGCCUCACUGUCCGCCCAUGUCAUGUCCUGUCCCUGUCCCCGCGCAUGGUCUGGAGACGCCUGGAUCAGUAUUAGUCUAUUUAUCAGAGGUGUAAAUACUCCUGUAUAGUUUUCUCCUUGUAGAUUAUUUUGUAUGUGGGUGGUUCAGUGCAGAGGCCUCGCGGGGCGGGGGGGCAGGAUUUUUUAUUCUAACAUUAUUUUUUUUUUUUGCCAUGGCCUUGUAAACUAGUGCUGAGGAUUGGCAGCAAAUAAACACUGCACUGCGCUCCA